CAAACCAGUAGUGGGUGUAUCCUGUCGGGGCUGCUGUCAUAUAAACAGGGAAAAGAAAAACUUUGAACCACAUUCACAGGGAGCUGCCACUCACUGAGGAGACAGGUGUGGAGAGAGAGAAGAAGAGGAUUCCUCAGCCAACUGCCCAUCUCAGCACAAAAUGGCACAGGCUAAACUCGAGGCCAGAAACCCUUUAACGGAGGCAGCUAUGGGGUUUGCACUGGGAGCUGUGGCAGGCUGCAUAUUGGGAGCCACAGAGGACCCAAUAGACAAGACCCUGUCAGUAAUGACCUCGGCAGAACCGCUGGAACCAGUGAUGGAGGAGGUCAGAACCGUGGGGUCCCUGGGGCUGGGGACCCUGAUUGGAGCCACAGCAUUGACCACAGCCAUGACCUCAGUAGUAGCAGGUGUGAUUCUGGCAGCAGCAGCAGCCUCAGUGUUCGUGGCCACCAGGACCUGCGGUGCUUCCAAUGCUCAGUCUGUUGGCUUGUGGGCCUCAGCAGGAUUGGCCGGGGCUUUUGGGACCACUCUGAGCGGAGCCACACUUGGGGUUGCUGUCGAAUGGGUUGUGAAGAAUUAUGGCAUGGUGGGCCUUCUGUGGGCUCUGAGCAUAUUCACUGUGCUCAAACCACCUCUGCACUUUGUAUUUAAGCUCCUCUGGAAGCAGGGAGAGGCUUGUUGUACUCUGGGAUCUGUAGACUGGGUGAGGGAGAGGAAACAGAUUGAGAUGACAGAGUGUCACCAGAGACAGAGAAUGACUGUGCAGAUAGAGAAGAGGAUCCUGAUGCUGGAGAAGGGAGGCUGCAGCAGUACGGUGGAGGACAGAGCAUCAUGGGUAACUGAACGACAACAGAGAGAGGAGAUCAACAGGAAGAAGAUGGAGAACGAAGAGGCAAAGAUGGAGCAAAGAACCAUCCAAGACUGGAUCAACACUGUCGUGGUCAAACACGUGGACUUCUUGGCUUUCUCAGGGAUACCAAUGACAGUGGUUGCCAUUGUAACAUCAGGGUUUGGAGUGUUUGGUUAUGGAGGCCACCAGUCUGUGUUUAUAGUGCUUCUGACUUUAGUGGCAGUCAUAGUCUAUCUGCUUCUGAAAUCUUCUGACUUUAAGUUCUGGAUGUUGGUAGGAUGCAUGGGAAUGCUGGCAACAUUCGUCAUCGCUAUGCUCACCCUGCACGCUGGGCAGGUGGUCAUAACCACUGCCAUGAAGAUGCAAGUGGCGGGGCAGAGACAGUCCAAAGAAAUCAUCAGCACUCGUAUGAACCAUCAGUCUUCUCUGGAGGCACUGAAUGCAGCUUUCUUUGUGGCAAAACUGUGUCAGCUGGGUCUAGGUGCUACAGUGGGGGGGCCACUGGUGAGGCACACGGCUGGAGAGGUGAAAGUCAUAGUGGGGGCAGCUUUAGUGGCAGUGGGUUUACUGGUCGGGGUGGAGGUUUUAGCCCCAGUUCUGGGAGAAGGGGGGAAAACUGGGGCACUGCUGGGGGUGGUGGGAGCAGCAGGUGUGUCAGUGGGGGCAGCAGCAGCUGUAGCUGGAAGGUGGUCCUCAUGGCCUGGAACCUGGGGAACGAUAGCAGGGCUGGUUAUUGGGGCUUUAGGAAUGGGGAAAUGGCAUGUUGUCAACAUUGGACUGCAGGUGCCUGUGGCCUAUGUGUUUGCUAUGACCAAUCCAUUUUAACAUGUUAGGAUCCCAGAGGUCCAAAUUCAUAAUAGGUCUACUGUGAAACAUGGUGUCAGUGCUCUGUGAGGCUCUAUGGUGUCAUUAACAUCAGUUAUAUCUUAUCCCUCUGUACUAGAGUUCCAUUGUUAAAAACAUUGUUAGACUGAGUGACGUGUUCCUUAACUGUAGUUUAUUUAACUCACAAAUACCGCCCUGCUGCCACAAAUACACAACACCAACUGUGGAUUGAUCCACCGCUGAAAACAGUCCUGACAAAGCCACAGUAUCCUCUGAGUGAUAGGAAUUAGCAAGUGAGCUGUUCCUAGAUUCACAUCCUCAGUAAGAACUAAUGGACUUGGAGCUGAGAGAUUCACUACUCAUUAUAUAGUGCGUACAACUGAUGGUCACUAACCAAACAAUAUAAACUAUCAUGCAUUGCGUUCACCCUGAGAGAGAGCGAAAAACAGCCGACGGGAGGAAAGAGAGUCAAAUGGCCACAAGGCAAGUUUAUUUUUACAGAACUUUUCAACAACAAGACAAUUCAAAGGAGCAGCUCUGGAAUCAGCUUGUGAGAGGGAACCAGACAACAGGAUGAGAAUGGACAAAAUUAUAAUAACAAUAAUGAUAAGUAAUAUUGAAGAAGAAAGAAAUAAAAGUUUUGUUUUAAUUUUGAUCACUAUGUUCUCACCAUGACCUAAGCCAGAGGUGGAUUACUGUGUUAAAUGAAGUGACUUCCAUUAACACUCAAAAGAAGAGAUGUCCCGAUCCUUCAACACAGUCAGAGCUGCAGAUACUGUCUUAUCUGAAUAAUGUUCACACUAACAUCAGGCUACAGUACACCUACUGUAAAACCAAGCAAGUCAUUUAAACUGUGCAUCUGACAGCAGAGCAGCCCUGCUACAGGCCCCUAACAGACAGUAUCUGUCUGUAUCAUUGAAUAUUCCUCACCGCAGUAGCCUGGGGGCCAGGGCUCUUAGCUGCAUCUCUCUCUCUCUCUCUCUCUCUCUUUCUCUCUCUCUCUGGAAGCCGAGAGCCAUCUCACUAUAAAUAAAGGCUAAAAUGCCACAAAAAAAUACAAUUUAAGAAUGUAAUGUUGUACUUUAAUAUUGCAUAAUAUGCUGCAGUGUGUUGUACUUAAAACAUGUCUUAAACAUGUCUGUGUGCAGGGGCUAUUACAUCUGUGUAAAUGAACUAAAUCCAUCCAUUAUCUGUACCACUUAAAUCCCGAGGGGCUGAAGCCAAUCCCAGCCCAAACCCAGACACUGGGUGAGAGGUGGGGUAUACCUUGAACAGAUCACCAGCCUAUCACAGCCCCAGGUGAACACUGUGUAUUAAAUUGUCUCUGUGUAAAUUAACAAAAUUAAAAAUGAAUAUCUUUCCAGUCAAA